CAACCGCUCUUGGACCCGCUCCCGUCUCGCUUCCUGUCUUUAUGCCUUCUUCCUCUUCCUUUCUUCUCCCUCGCCACAGCCCUGCCGCCGGAGAUGGCCUCUCCGCCGGAUAUUACUCUCUUCAGCGUUCGCAUCGUCUCCCUCGACUACUACAUGUCGCCGCCGAUCCCCGAUCUCGACAUCUGCUAUAGUUCAUUUCACGGGCGGACAGUGAAUGAGGUCCCUGUCAUAAGGAUUUACGGGUCUACGCCAGCCGGACAGAAAACUUGCCUUCACAUUCAUCGGGCUUUGCCAUAUUUGUAUAUACCUUGUCCUAUCGAGCUACUUCAAAGUUCCGAAGCAGGUGAUGAGUAUAUUAAGACUUUGAUAACUGCUAUCGAUAAUGCUCUGGAAGAUCGAACUGUUUCUUCAGCAGCAAGACAACAUGUUCAUGGGUGUAGCCUUGUUCGGGCCAAGAAGAUUUAUGGUUAUCAUUCAUUGGAGGAUCUUUUCUUAAAGAUCUACUUAUAUUAUCCACAAGAUGUUACUCGUGUGGCUACCUUUCUUCUGGAUGGCACGGUGCUUGGUAGAACCUUCCAGCCGUACGAGUCUCAUAUUCCUUUUCUUCUACAUUUUUUGGUUGACUACAACUUAUAUGGAAUGAGCCAUAUACAUAUGUCAAAGAUUAAGUUUCGCCCUCCUUUGCCAGAUAGCUUUGUGCCAAAAUCAUCUUAUAAGGAGACGCAUGAUGUCAAAGAAGAUUUAUGUGAGGAAGUUGGAGAUUCAGCAAUUUGGCUUUCUUCUACGGUCCUAAGUUCUUUGAUUUGGCCAGAUUCGGUUGUUUCUCAAUCGUCCUCUGAAAGUAUGUCUACCACUAAACGUCAGAGUAUCUGUGACCUUGAAGCAGACUCAAGCAUAGAUGAUAUUCUGAAUGAGAAGUAUAAAAUUUAUACAUCUCUUUCUCAAACUAGAUCAGAGGUUAAGAUGGUUCAAUCACUCAUCCCAAUCUGGGAGGAGUUUGAACGAUCUGGAGUUCAAGAGGUGGCAAAGCCACUUGAAUUAAGUCGACCUAAUCCAGAAGAUAUUCUACAAAAUUUUGUAUGUGGAACUCAAUAUGAAAAUCUGCUCUCUGAGUGGUUCAUAAAAAUCCAGAAAUCAUUGCCUGAAAAUGCUUUUGCAACUGAAGAUGGAGACAAGUUGGAGGAGCACAUCAAAUCAUUCAUUGGAAUUGAUGAAAAUUCUAAGUCCUUGGGAUGUCAGAAGAGUAGCAAUUCUUCUGGUGAGCCUUUGAAUCAUCACGAAGAUAAGAAUGAUAUGUUGCAUGGUCUUCUAUCAAAAGGACAAGGAGAUAUCUUUUUGUAUGAGAAAAUAUCUAAAUUUGAUGAAUUGGCAACUUGCAAAAGGACUGCAUCAACACCAACUGGCACUGAAGAUCAAAAGGUCUAUGCUGAUUUUUUGAGCUUAUCUACUGAAGCUCUUGGGCUUUUAGGUUGGCUUGCGUCUUCUCAAGCGGCAGAGGAUCUGGAUAAUGAUGAUGAACUAGUUCAUGAAGCUAUUCUCACUCCUUUAUUGUCAACAAAAUCCGUCGAAAAGGCUUUAGAGAUAGCUCAUUUGGACUAUGAGCAUGCUUCUCAGCAGGAAUGCAAGGACAUUCUUGAUUCCGUUGAUUAUGUAAUUAAGCCUGAUGUAGUGAAGAAACAUAACUGUUCUCAUGAGCCAAUGACUGUUUCUUCAUCACAAAAUACAAUUCAUCAAGCUCAUGGAACAUCAGAUGAUAGCUCUGUAACUCCUGAAAAACGUUGUCAUUCUGAGAUGAACACAAGUAGUAGGAAAUUGAAAUCAUCUUUAGAUCUUUCUGAGAUGAAUACAAGAAUAAAGUGUGGUAGGAAAUACAAGAAAGGUAACAUUCUGUGGGGUCAUUUACCCAUUUCAUCUGCUAAGAAGGAGCAUGAUGAUUUUGAAUCUGCUUCGUAUUCUUGUCCUGAUGACUUAAUGGAAAAUGAUGGCGAACCUAGCAUCUCAUCUAGGAGCAAAGGGGAUAAGAAUUGCCAUGCUUCAAAUACAGUUGCAGAUACUUCUGGUAGGAAGCUAGGAAAGCCACUGACUUCCUGCUCUGUUAGAGAUCUAAUGAGGCAAAAGCGUCACUUCAAGGUUGGCUACGCUGAACCUGAAAGAACUUUAGUUGAGGAUUUUUCUGAGGCAGAAAAUGGUAAAAAGAAAAACCUUUAUUCUGAAGGUUCACUAUGUUGUGCUUUGCCUAUGAGUUUACAUGUUGGAUCAUCUUGUGUCGGCCAAGAGAAUUCAACAUGCCCUGCAAAUUGUAUUCUGGAUCGACACACAUCACCUGUUGUUGAUGAACGUAUUAUUGAGCAUGAUGAUAAUAAGUACAUCAGUCAAAGGGAUGUGCAAAAUGCUCAGCAGAUUUUUCAUGACACAAAUAUUAGCAGUCAUGCAGAGUCAAAUAUGGCAUUAGAUACAAAUAUGUUGCAAAGAAAUUAUAAUGGGACUGGAGAAGGGGACAUAGGAAGCAAUACAUCUAGCCCUAGCAAUAGAAUACUGACAUCUCACAAUAUGGAGAAAACUUCGACAGCAUAUGUUGAGAUGAGUUAUAGCCAUAAGCCACCUUCUAAAGACCAAAUAAUGGGUAUUCUAGAGGAUUCUAAAGAUGCUACAGGGAAUGUUACUGGAAUAACAAGUGCUCAUGAUGAAUCACUUGUCUUUGACUCUUGCUGCAUGAACAGUGAUUUGCUGGGUAUGAAUGAUUUGCUCCCAUUUUUCAGAAGAGAUUUUGAGCUUAAGAAAUCAUACCAGUCGUCACAUGAUAUGGGAAGUCAUGGGAAUUUUCAAGAAUCUGCACUUGGUAUUCCAACUCACUUCCAAAAUGAUGGUUCAGUUCUAUAUUUGCUCACUCCUGAAACUUCACCUCCAUCUGUUGACUCUGUUUAUCAAUGGCUUUUGCAAGUGGAGCAGCAAAGAUGUUCCAACUACGCCACUGUAUUCUUAGGUACUUCUACGGGGAACCUUCUACCAAUUUCACAAGAUACCUCUUUGAAGUUGGAAAAGAGUGUCGAAGAUGCCUGCAGAGAGAUUGAUUGUUGCCCUCACAAAAUAGCUAAAGUUUAUCCAAGUAAUAUAUCAGGAGCUUUCCAUCAUGGUUCCUUACCAGAAGAUAAUGUUGCUUUACUUGAGAAGCCUGAUAAGUCUCCAUUAAAUCAAGAAAAUAUAAGAAAUCCUCCGGUUGGAAGUUUUGUUCAUACCAUCACUUCUGUUGGAGAAUCCAAAUUAUCUAGUAUUUUCUUGGGGGAAAAUGUUCCUUGUAGUAGUUGGCAAGAUGUCUCUCAGAUUUCAGGCCCAGAUGAUAAAUCAAAUCUUACUCCUCUUAGUCAAAUUGGUUUUCGUGAUCCUGCAAGUAUUGGUGGUGGACAACAAUUAACAGUAAUCAGUCUGGAGGUUCUGGCAGAAUCUAGGGGAGAUCUCCGACCUGAUCCUCAGUUUGAUGGCAUCAAUAUUAUAUCUCUGGCAGUUCAGGAGGAUACAAGACCGACAUUUGAAGUUUAUGUGCUUAUACGUGGUGUCAAUGAUGAACCACAAAGAAAUAAAGAUGGAAUAACUGAUUACAAUAUAUUAAUAUUCAAUGAGGAAAAACACCUCCUGGAACACUUGGUAAAGAUUAUAUCUUCGGUUGAUCCAGAUAUCCUAAUGGGAUGGGAGAUUCAAGGUGGAUCUCUGGGGUUUAUUGCUGAAAGAGCUGGAUAUCUUGGUAUAAAUUUGCUAAAGAGCAUUUCCAGGACACCUUCAUAUGAGUUGAAGCAAAGAAUCGGGGAUCCAGCUAAUUCUGAAUUGUUUACUGAGAUAUCUGAAGCUUCAAUUGCUAAUGCUGGUCUUCGGGUUGCAGUAGUUCAAGAUGAAUGGGGCCGUACUCAUUCCAGUGGGAUACAUGUUGGCGGAAGGAUUGUGCUUAAUGUAUGGCGCCUCAUGCGUUCUGAGGUUAAGCUAAAUAUAUACUCUAUUGAAGCUGUUGCUGAAGAAGUUCUAAGGAGAAAGAUCCCAUCAAUUCCUUACAAAGUAUUGAACCAUUGGUUUAUAAAUGGCCCUGGACAAUCAAGAUAUCGGUGUAUCAGUUACCUUGUUGAGAGAGUUAAGCUGAGUCUAGAGAUAAUGUAUCAUCUGGAUAUGAUAAAUCGAACUUCUGAGCUUGCUCGUGUCUUUGGGAUUGAUUUUUUUUCGGUCCUUUCUCGAGGAUCACAAUUCCGAGUUGAAUCUAUGCUUCUAAGGUUGGCACAUACACAAAAUUAUCUUGCAAUUUCUCCUGGAAAUCAGCAGGUGGCCUUACAACCUGCAAUGGAGUGUUUACCCCUUGUAAUGGAGCCAGAAUCUAAUUUCUAUGAGGACCCUGUUGUUGUACUGGAUUUCCAGUCUCUUUAUCCCUCCAUGAUAAUAGCAUAUAAUCUCUGCUUUUCUACUUGCUUGGGCAAAGUUGUUCCUUCAAAGUCAAAUGUACUUGGAGUCAGUUCUUACUCAGCAGACCCACAUUUUUUCAAGGAUCUAAAUGAGCAGCUUCUGCUAACUCCAAAUGGAGUCAUGUAUGUCCCUUCAAAGAUUCGUAAAGGUGUGCUUCCCCGUCUCCUAGAAGAAAUUUUAUCUACUAGAAUAAUGGUAAAGCAAGCAAUGAAAAAAUUAAAGCCUUCGCAGCAGGUUCUGGAAAGGAUUUAUAAUGCAAGGCAACUUGCUCUAAAGCUGAUAGCAAAUGUUACUUAUGGCUACACAGCUGCUGGAUUUAGUGGUCGUAUGCCUUGUGCAGAGCUAGCUGAUAGCAUUGUACAGUGUGGUCGUAGAACACUUGAAGCAGCUAUCUCAUUUGUAAAUGAGCACCCUAGGUGGAAAGCCAGAGUUGUCUAUGGUGAUACGGAUAGCAUGUUUGUUCUCCUAAAAGGGCGCAAUUUGGAAGCAGCAUUUAGAAUAGGAAAUGAAAUUGCAUCUGCAGUAACUUCGAUGAACCCAGAUCCAGUGACUUUGAAAUUGGAAAAGGUUUAUCAGCCUUGUUUUCUUCUCACCAAGAAGCGGUAUGUUGGUUAUAGCUAUGAAAGUCCUGAUCAGGCAAUACCAAAAUUUGAUGCAAAAGGUAUAGAAACCGUGCGGAGAGACACAUGCCCAGCUGUUGCAAAGACACUGGAGAAGUCUAUAAGAUUGAUUUUUGAGCAUCGAGAUAUAUCAAGAGUAAAAUCCUAUCUGCAGCGUCAAUGGACCCGAAUAUUAUCUGGAAGAGUGUCUCUCCAGGACUUUGUUUUUGCUAAGGAGGUACACCUGGGUAGCUACAGUACUCGAAUGUCUUCCCUUCCACCAGCAGCAAUUGUUGCUAUCAAAGCAAUGAAUGCAGAUCCCCGAGCAGAGCCACACUAUGGAGAGCGUGUGCCAUAUGUUGUAGUUUAUGGAGAACCUGGAGCUCGUCUUAUGGACAUGGUUGUUGAUCCACAUGAUCUUCUUGAAGUCAAUUCUCCAUAUAGGUUGAAUGAUCAUUAUUAUAUCAAGAAACAGAUCAUUCCUGCACUGCAGCGAGUACUUGGACUUCUUCGUGCUGACCUGAACCAGUGGUUUUUGGAAGUGCCUCGUCCUGUCAGACCAAUAUUGGCUCGCUUUUAUGCCUCUCAAUUUGGGUCUUCACAUGAUUUUGAUUACAAUGGACCAGGAACAUCUAGGAAAGCACAGGUGAAAAGAAGUAGAAUAGAUACCUAUUACUCCUCAAAACAUUGUAUCCUUUGUGGUGACUUGGUCCAGAGAUCAAAAUUUCUAUGUGAUGUAUGCUCCGAAAAGAAACCAUUUGUUGCAACAGCUCUAGUCAGUAAAACUUCAAGAUUGGAAAGAGACAUUCAACAUUUAGUUGCUAUAUGCAGGCAUUGUGGUGGUGGUGAUUACAACCCAGGAAGUGGAGUGCAGUGCAAUUCUCUUGCAUGUUCAGUCUUUUAUGAGAGGCAAAAAGUUCAGAAGGAAUUGCAAGCCAAUUCCAUAGUUGCAACAGAAGCAGGACUGUAUCCCAUUUGCACGGCCGAAUGGUUCUAGCCUUUAAUUUAAUGUUGUAACGGUUGUAGCAUAGGUGUAUAUUAUUAUGCCUUCUAUAGCCUUUUUCUUUUUGUGGCAAGAACAGGAUGGGGUUGUUCCUCACCAUUGUUUUUUUCUGAAAAGAAAUUUUAUGUAAAAUAUGUAGCGAAAUAUGUUGUUCUUUUUUGGCAAUAGUGUCAAAGCAUAAUAGGUGAUAAGACAUGAUGAUCA